ACUGUCACCUUUACGUCAAAGUUAUAGGUUAUUGUCCUAAGCCUAAGACAAUGUUUUCAAAGUUCUGAAAUUUCCUUCGUACAAUAUUAGUUUGAGAAAACGUAGUGAUACAGCAGUAUUUCAUACAUAAAAAUUAGAUUUUUAAAGCACGAUGUUAGAAGUUGUAAAUGGAUUCCUACUUGUUUAUUUUAUAGUUUUGUGCACUAUCAGCGCAUUAGUCCCGACUUUAGUAAAACCUAUCGUAGCGUGUUUCUCUGGCGCAUCACAUGAAGAACGAACCGCUUGGUCUGAAUUAUUAAAACUAAAAGAAGUACAAAAAGGUAUAUCAAUGAAAGACGAAUUUGCAGCAUAUUCGAAAUUGCAACGUAAAAUCAAUAAACUGGAAUCGGAACUAAAAGAAAACCGAUCGUCACGUAUGAGUAAGAGUCUGGCUAUAAUUGGGUCAGUGCAUAUUGUAUUACAAGUAGUUGUUGCUUUACUUAUUGUGAUAUCAGUUAUUUGGUUUAGAAGAGAGCCUAUAGUAGCAUUGAAAGGUGACCUUUUCCCUCUCUCCACUGUACUCCGGUACCCUAGCGAUAUGCCAAAUGCUAUUUCUACUCAUGUGUGGGUUUUGAUAACAAAUUUGUCUGUAAGAACAUUGUUGAAACCAAUUUUAAGCUAAGAUAAUAAAAGUUUAGACAGUUUAACAACAUAAAGACUGAUUGGAGCACACUAGUACCAAUUUAUAUAGAUGUGUUAGGGUGCAUUCAGAUCUAAAAUGUAAUCCAUUGGGAUAAUAUGUCUAUCAAUUUAUUAUCCUAAUAGAAAACAUAUGCAGAUCAAUCCUCAGGCCAAUGUACACAAUGGGAACUUUCCAUCUGUUUAAGAAAAAGAGUAACAUCUUUUAGAAGGUUCCAUAAAUGACUCUCUUUGUAACGUCACUGCAUAUGUAGACUCAACUAGAUCUGGUUGCAUUCUAAAAAUCAACAAGCUCAUACUCAUCUGGGUUUUAAUUGUAAUGUUUCCCUUCUAAGUAAAAGGGGCAAUUUUGUAUUUAAAUUGUUUUAGUAUUUGUAUCUCGUUUAUGGAUUUUGAGGCAUUAACAUUUAAUUAAUCAAAGGAAUGGAGGGAAGAAUAUUUGUUAAA